GGGCUAGAAUAGGUGGAGGGCUCAGGCGCCUGUGCGCGAUUGCCGUGGGGGCGUGGCCCGCCGGGGUUUAGUCAGGACUGCGCGGCCGGACGCCGGCGCCAUGGAGGAAUACGCGCGGGAGCCUUGCCCAUGGCGAAUCGUGGACGAUUGCGGUGGAGCCUUCACUAUGGGUGUUAUCGGCGGUGGAGUCUUCCAGGCCAUCAAGGGCUUCCGCAAUGCCCCUGUCAUCUUAUAAAACGUCAUGGCUUUAAAUGCCAUCCAUUUGCCAAGGGAAUUCGGCACCGAAUGAGAGGCAGUGUUAACGCUGUGAGGAUCCGAGCCCCCCAGAUUGGAGGUAGCUUCGCGGUGUGGGGGGGGCUGUUCUCCACCAUCGACUGUGGCCUGGUGCGCCUGCGGGGCAAAGAAGACCCCUGGAACUCCAUCACCAGCGGAGCACUGACCGGGGCUGUGCUGGCAGCCCGCAGUGGCCCACUGGCCAUGGUGGGCUCGGCCAUGAUGGGGGGCAUCCUCUUGGCCCUCAUAGAGGGUGUUGGUAUCCUCCUUACUCGCUACACAGCUCAGCAGUUUCGCAACGCACCCCCGUUCCUGGAGGACCCCAGCCAGCUGCCCCCUAAGGAGGGUACCCCAGCCCCAGGCUAUCCCAGCUAUCAGCAGUACCACUGAGGAAGUGACCGCCUGUCACCACCACCAUGGGAGCUCCUCCUCCGUUCCCUCCCCGAUGAUCUACCUCGAAGGGAGGGCUGGCUCCCAGUAGGCCCUGGGACCCUCCAGAGAGGGCCUCUACUGUGCUCCCUUGUCCCAGGGUGGGGGGUGGGGCACCCCAGCUGCCCUGAAGGAUGGGUCCCCUUCUCUAUCAGGGCACCCCAACCCCGAAUUCACAUGUAACAAGUUCUCACCCCAGCCCCCUUUUCCUGGCGCCCUGAUGAGUAUUUAAAGCCUGUUUUGAAAUGCCU